UUUAACGAUAAUCGAUCUUCAUUACUGCCGGGAAUGUAAAUAGAGUGGUUGUGGUUACAUAAAUCGAGUGUGCCUAUAUUUAAAACUGAUAAAUCUCAGAUAACAUAGUUACGAUGAAGAAAAUAUGAAGAUUCAUCCGAGAGGUGCGAAGUUUUACAGUGCUCUGUAAAACUGAAACCAAUGGCUAACGUAGAAGAAAGUGUGUCUACUUUUAGGUUAAUCAGAGGUUCUUUGCCCAUAAAAUCCAAUUUAUUCAGUUGCUUAUUGCUGGCGAUUUUGUUAUGCAUUAUCCUACUUCUUUAUGAAUGCAAGUACUAUAUAAAAGUCGUCUUAUUAUGGGCAGAAGCUCAAGAACAUUGGUUAAUUUAUGUUAUGUUUCUAGGAAUGUUUACAUUAGUAUCGUUUCCAUUGACAUGGGGUUACACAUUUUUAGUAAUCUCCUCAGGGUAUUUAUUUGGAAUUCCUCGUGGCCUUAUGACAGUUGUCGUUGCUGGUAAUAUUGGGGUUGCUAUUGCCCACUAUACUAUGAGAACUCUCAGUACCAAGUUCCCACUUAAAAGACUGUGUAAUAAUGACAAAAUACGUGCUAUUUUAAUGGUUGUAUCAGGUCCUCGUGCAUUCAAAGUUGCAAUGUUUGCUCGUUUAACACCAAUACCAUUUGGACUGCAGAAUACAGUUUUUGCUGUUAGUAAUAUCAAUGCAAAGAAAUACUUAAUCGCAACCGUUCUGGGGCUUUUCCCAGCACAAAUCAUUAAUGUAUAUUUGGGUAGCACCCUCAGAUCAAUGGAAGAAGUUCUUUCAAAUAAGUCAACAGCAGCUACUGGUCUCAUUAUCUUCAUUCAGGUGGUGAUAGGGGUAUCAUUAAUGAUAUAUGUUACAGCAGUGGCCCGUGGUGAGUUACGCAAGACUCUGAACCAGGAUGUUCCAUCAAAUUAUGUGCUUUUCAAUGCAUCAGAUCCUCUUCUGGAGGUCUAAACUUUGAUUAAGGCAGCCAAAUGCCCCUGUGACUGAGUUGCAUUCCAGGUAGUUAGAAGUUUAAUGCAAACAUUUAGUGCUAUGACAGACAUGUUUAAAUCAACUUGGUAUGAAAAAGGUAAAAGGUAAAGCUAUCCCUGUAACAGGCUGUGAAGGCUCAUAGGGUUGUGAGACGUCAAGGCUCCC